AUGAGUACUCGUCUUUUUACCUAUAUUCUAUUAGCAACAGCCUCAUCGGCCAAUGCUCGGCUCGGAGCCAGAAGUCUUCAGGAUGCCUUCCCCGGAGUCCCCGAAGGGUGUGAUGGAGAUAUCGCAUGCAUUCUUGAUCAUCUCGCCCUUCGUUCACAACCAGAUACAUCAAAUCCAACGUCUGGUCCUACAUCGGCCCCCACCAAAGAACCCAUCGAAGACUUGAGAGUUCCUGACUUUGAUGAAACUUCACUUGUGCAAGACGCUGGACUACCAGCUCUCUGGGAAGAUGCCUUCGAGGACGCAGGAUUGCCAAGUCUCCCAGAGCUCGGUGAAGACGUGGAAGCCAAAGCCAUUCCAACACUUCCCGAGAUCUCCGAAGCUGCUGGAGCUCCAGACAUCUCAGAGUUUCCCGAUACCCCAGACGAAACUGAGCUUCCCGAAAUCUCCGAAGCUGCUGGAGCUUUAGACAUAUCCGAUCGUUCAGAUAUACUAGAAGAAACUGAGCUUCCCGAAAUCUCCGAAGCCGCUGGAGCUCCAGAUAGCAUCCCAGAGUUUCCAGAUGUCGAAGAGCUUCACGAUAACCCAGAAGAAACUGAGCUUCCCGAAAUCUCCGAAGCUACCGGGCUCCCUAACAUCUCAGAUUCUCCCGAUGUCCCGGGACUUUUCGAUAUCCCAGAUGUGCCACAGCUUCCUGAUGACACCGAAUCUACGAUAAUUUCCGAAGCUGCUGC